CUGCCUUAUAUGGACUAAUCAAUCUCAUCUCCUUCUACGACGCGUAUCCACAUCCUCCUCUUUGUGUGGUCAUGACCCAGCUCACGCAACAGCAAUGUCUGCUGUUGAUUGCAGUGCAGUACUGGUACAUAGUCAGCACUGCGGCUGUGCUCAAAUGUUGGCAUCAGUCUACUGGCCAUCGGCGGCUUGCCGGCAGGUGCACUAUUGUCAUUUCCGCCGGAGUGGGCAGACACUCGGGGCAUGUGCGGUGUUAUCAGCAGCGGAAGAGCGACAGUAGACGCAUUUGUCACAAAAAGGUCACUAUCAGUCACGAUGUUACGGCGCGCGUUCACUUUGAUGGGACUACUAUAAAAGGAAAUCUAAAGGCAAAGUACAUUUGCCUUCGUGCCAUCCGAACAGGCUCUAAGAGGUGCAUGCGCUCGUGGAAAGCUCAGGAGAACCCCGCGUCUGUUCGCUUCGCCUUUUUCUUCUUUGAACGCCUUCUACUAUACUCUCCACGCCUUUGCUAUGUUCACCAAGUUCACCACCACUUUCAUCGCUUUGGCUGCUUUGAGCCUCGGAGUUGCUGCGAUCCCGGCUCCCGCUCUUGUUACGAUUGUCGCCAAUCCAUUUGGAGCGUCCGAUGGCAUCCAGACUGCAUCUGUCGCUGGUGUUGACUCUGCCGGACAUACCACAUACAUCAUGGAAGUACCAGAACUGCAAGGUGUCUCGGGCUCAGCCUCGCAGACCAUCGCUACGGUCACAGAGACUCUGAUUCAGGGCAACGACUACAUGUCCUUUGCGCUCUCGGCGAACGUUCCUGGCCUCGAUGUAUUCGUCACGUUCGACGGCUCAUUGAGCGGAGACAACCUCGUCCUCACCGCCACUGACUCUGCGGGCUCUGCGAUCGCGACGACGAUGUCCAACCUCGGCUCCGUGACAGUCGACAUCGUGAACGCGACUCCCACGGCCAGUGCCGGUUCUAGCCCCAGUGCUGGCUCGAGCCCCAGUGCCGGUCCCAAGCCCAGUGGAAGCACCAGCGUUUCUGGAAGUGCACCUGCCGCUUCGCACACUGGCGCUGCAAAUGCCAACACAGUUUCGAUGGGCGUUGCUGCCGCGGGUGCUCUCGUGGCUGCCUUUGUUCUGGCAUGAGGUCAAUAGACGUGGAUAACUAGCUUACAGCUUCGUAAUGAGCGAUAUGAGACUGCAACAACGUUCUUGGAUUGUUCAUGAACGUACUAAUCGUGUGUCUCGGACUGGUAACCUGAUCUCUGUCGGAUUCCACUGUAUUUCGUCUGAGGCAGAGCUCAAGAGUUGAGAACCACUAAAAUAGCCACUGAAACCAGAUUUCGUGCUCCGCACAAGGCCAUCCAUGGAGACUCCGGAAGAUGCCUCUGCUUGUCUUCACGAAUAUCUAACAAAAUUACCAAUUCGAGUGACCAGGCGUUGCUUGGUCAUGUUGUGACCACUUCCUUUCUUGGCAUGUCCAUCGACCUCGACUGGGGCAAGCUUGACAACUCUCUAGCCACCUCGCUGAUUGAGCUUCUCAAUCGACAACUCAAAAGCACACCACGUCCGUCAUUUAUCGGACCAGUCGAAGUCGCCGCUUUCGAGUUCGGCUCGAGGGCACCGGAUGUCGAGCUCGUCGACCUGCGUGAUAUAUACCGCGACUUCCUGGAAGACGAUGAGUCGGAGUCGGGCGGAGAGCCGGUGAAAGCGACAGAGGAAGCGGCCGUGGAAGACGAUGACGGAUUUGAAUGGGUCUCGCGGCGCGCAGCAACGCGGGAAGACGCGCUUGGCUACCAACACCUCCCUCCGCAUGUGCGCUACGGGCCUCGAACGGCGGGCGCGACGACGGAUAUGUUUUCCUCUGUGCCCUCACUGCGAUCGAGCCCGGACUUGUGGAACGGGGGUAUGAGCAGUCUGCCAAGCUUGGGGCCUAGUAUGGGCCCGGUGUACUCUGGUUACUCGCCCAUCUACCGCAGUCCGCUUUCUGCCCCGCCAUUCCAUGCAUUCCAACGGCUGUCUACUAAUCGAGAACCGUCUCCGUCCAUCUCUUCGGUGUCCACAAAAGACCCUUCUCCGCCAAAUCCGUCACCCGCUUCCCCGGCUUUGCCAGAGCCAGCCACCAACGCCCAGCCGAAUCUGCAGCUUCAUCUGCACAUCCACUGGCCUUCAGACCUCCGGCUCACACUCACGACGUCCCUGCUGAUCAACUACCCUACCCCGUUAUUCAUGUCGCUCCCCAUCAAGCUGUGUGUCACGGGGCUGGUGUUCACCGGGGAGGUCGCCGUCGCAUACGAAGGCGCGCGGAAACGCAUGCACCUGUGCAUCCUGGACGAUCUGGAUCCCUACGGGCCCGCCGCCGGAGCCCCGCGUCCGCGGCGCGACUCCGCCGACAUCACGCCCCCGGACGCCUACCCAGAGUCGGCCGUCGACGCGCCGCUGGGGGCCUCGUACCCGCGGACGGCGAAGCCUCUACCCGUGGGCCAGCGGCUGCUGCCCUCGAUCCUGAUUGAGACCGAGAUUGGGCAGACGGACAAACACGUGCUGAAGAACGUCACGCGGGUCGAGUGGUUCAUCCAGGAUGUGAUCAGGAAGACGGUGGAGGAGGAACUGGUGUUUCCGAACUUCCACACGCUGCUUAUGGGGGAUCCUGAGCCGGAUCCGGAUCCAUAGGACUCGCCGUUGUGAAUGAUGUAUCGAUUAAUCUGUACCUCACUUUUCAGCGAUGAAUGAGCUCUCGGCGCUCAUCUCGCUGUUGGGUCGAUUUGGGGCAUCCUGUGCAUGUCCAGUAGGGGCUUGGGCGGCCCAUCCUGACCUAUCAUGGAGUAAUGACCGUGUUUACGUCGUACCAAUCUAUCAGUAAAGUAUUCAAAGUUUGCGACUAAUGGUUAGCUAUCCGACCAGUUUCGCAUCGCCUGACUGCAAAAGAAUUGAACAAGAUCCGCUAGUCACUUUCGGACUGGGAGAUCUCGACAUUGCCCACUAGAAUUCUGAAUUUUGAGAGUAGAGUCAGUAGACUGUCUAAAUGAUGAGGAAAUGAGCGAGAUACUGUCACAUCAAGUGCAAACUCUCCGAAUGAAGUCUAAGGGUAGCAAGCGGAUGAAAAAGAAAAAUAUUGAGAUCCGUAGAUCUACCACUCCGGAAAAGCGUGUCAUCCUUGUGCAGGGGCCAUGCUAAUCUUCUCUGUAUCGUUCCAAUUUUUCGUAUGACACCCCG